AUGACGUUUCGCAGAGGCGAGAGUUGUAGCAAGGCCAAGAAGGGCACCGCUGCUCCAUGGCAGAAUGGAGAGCGGAAGGUUGAUGGAGGAGGACCCGGCUCCAACAGCAGGCAGGUCGCGCCGGACACCGGCAUGGGAAACAUCGAUGACGGCACUAGCAGAGAUGAGACAUUCUUUGAGGCCACCCCUUGGUUUGGAUCAGACUGUGAAGAUGAUUUCUACAGUGUCAACGGAGAUCUGACCCCAUCAAGAUCGUUCACAUCACGAACCAGCCGGACCACGGUACGUGCACCCCACAAUCUACCGACGCUGGGGGCGAUCUUGAAGGCUGAACCACUGAAGCCGCCAGCCCCACAAAGGAAGCUCAGCGACCUCCUGCGGGAGACGCAAGACGAUGAUGACAUCGCCAUCAAGGGCCCUGAUGACCUCUCCAAAGACCAUUCCUUGCGCAUCGGCGAGAAGGCAAACCGGUGCUGCGUGCCGCAGUUUGCGUGGGCCAUUAGCUGCAAUGGGAGGAGGCAGCACAAGUGA